GUAUUUUUCAGUUUUAAUAUUUUAUCUUUUCUCACUUCUCCGACCAAACAAGCAUAUUUAUCUUUAUGUUGAGUUUUAUAGUGUUGACGUAAAUUGUAUUCUUUGAACACAGACACUAUAUUCUGGCAUAUCAGACACACAGCUCUUUCCUUGUACUGCAUGAAAAAGUAAUCAUAAGUCCACUGUUCUUUGAAUAUCCUACACUCCGAGUCAAUUUUUCUCUUUCUUGACAUCAUUGUUUCCUAGGGAGUCAAAAUUGAUAUUAGUAAAAUACCAAUAUAUAUACAGCGCUACAAAAACAAUAUACCAGUAAUAACUUUGCCCACACAGAGACAUACAGACUGCACUGCCCAUCAAUGCAGUCUGAUUGGGGGAAACUCCGCCCCCUCUCCCUCUUCCACCAAUGACCGUCCUUCUCAUGCAGAAAAAAAGUAACAGACAGGCAGCGGCGGCAAAAACACCCGGCGGGCCGGAUAAAUGUCCUUGGCGGGCCGCAUGUGGCCCGCGGGCCGUAGUUUGAGGACCCCUGGUCUAAAUGGACAACUUAUACAGACUUGAGUGUGUAUGUUGAACUUCUUUCGCACCGUACGUAGCCAACCGUGCUAAUCGGAGAUGUGUGAGAGCAACAUGGCUGAAAGCAAUGCUGGAAGCAUGGCCUUCGCCACAGGCGACAUCGGCAGCAGCAUUGGUUCAUCGAGUCCCGCUGGUGAGGGGCCAAGAUCCCAGAUAAUCUUACCACGCGCAAAAGAUACACCUGCGUGCAACGCGGCUAUUGCUGGAUCGGCACAGUGUCUGGGGCCAAUCUCGCCAAAAAUGAACCCGCUGCUUUGUCUGUAUCAGAUGGCCGGCAGUCACCUGAGUCAAAUAGAAAAUUCAUUACGUGAGGAGACGUCAAAUUACAAUGAACCUUACACUUGGAUGAAAGACAUUGAAAAAACUAAGAAAUUGUGUGAGAUGGUUCAGACACUGAGUGAUGAAGUCAGUCCUCUUAUCCAAUUGAAUGCUGAUGCAAAGUACAAAUGUGAAACUUGCAAAAUAGGUUUCAAAAGAGCGAGAGAGCUUAAAUGCCACUGCCAAGUUUAUCACACGCCUGAGCAAUGCACGUUUUGUACAUUUACAUCCAUAACCACGCAUGAAAUGAAGGCACACAUUGGGAAAUACCAUGCUUCACCUGUGCCCAUCUGGACCCCACCUGACCCCGAUGGAGCUGCUGGGUCAAGAACAAGUAUCACCUGUGAAGUCUGUGGGAAAACUUUCCAACAGCUGUGGUACCUUAAAUCCCACAUGAGAACUCACAAGAAGACCUUUGACCAUAGCUGCAACAUCUGUACUCGACGCUUUAAGGAGUCCUGGACACUCAAAAUGCAUAUGAAGACCCAUGAGAAAAAAUACACUUCAAGGGCUGCGUCUGAAAAAGUGUAUCCUGCCAUGGUAAAGGAUGGCAGUCCUGCCAACGCAGUGUUGAUAAUACCAUCGCCCUAUGAAAUGUGCUCAGUGUGUGGAUUUUUGUGUCCGAUUGAAAUCUUGAAAACUCAUGAAAGUCUUCACACGCAGUUCUUGGACAGACCGCAUCGUGAAAAUGAUGACACUUUGACAGCAGUUAGCGGAGUUGAGACAAAUGAUGUAAAACUCAAUUUUCUUGAAUGCAUUGGCCUAGUUACGCAUCGAGAAGCUGUUUCACCAAUCAUUAAGAACAAUCCAUACUCUGCUCUGGAUCCUAUUACAGGCAUUGAGGUUUUGAUGUCCUUGCAGCAAAAGAAGAAAAAUAGAUGGCGAUCUAGGUCCAGAAAACAACGCAUGGACUUGGAUGAAGACAAAACCACCUUUCUGUCUCCAAUUAGAAUACAAAAUUCCAGCUUCAAAACUAAGCCAAUGGGGCAAUAUCAACAUGUGGAGGAGGCGUCGUCCCAGUCUUGCGAGUCUAUGCAAAUAAUUGGCAAUGCAAACGAAUCAAAGCUUAAGGGUAAAAAUAAAGACUCAGAUUCCUCAUCAUUGACAGUGACUCAAAGUAAUGGCAAGAAAAGGAAGGGAGAUGAAGGUAAAAACCAAGGCUCCUGUUUGGUGACUGAGAAAACCUGUCAGAACAACAAUGAAAGUCAAGUUGGUACAGUGGGUGAUGUAUGUGCAGAUGCUAUUGAAAAGGCCAUUAAUGCUGUGGUUACACAAGAUGCCUCAAAGGUAGAUGUCAGCCUGCGGGAACAGAACAGUGGCGGCACAUCCAAUGAAUGUCUGCGACCCAAAGAGUGUCCGGACUGUGGAAAGGUUUUCAAGACGUUCCGUCAAAUGAUGCUUCACUCUCGCGUGCACAACAAAGGCAAGAAGGGCCGUGUUGGCAUGCGUGGUGAUGUGUGCAUGCAUGGCGAUCCUCACCACUCGCCUGGCAGCUCGGAGACUACAACGAAAUUUCAAGUGCCCACCGUACCAGCCGAAGACACAGAGCCACUUGGAUUUGUGAAGAGUAUCUCUCCAGCAGCUAAAAAGUCAGUGACGAUGCAGUUGUCCAGUGGACAAGCUGUUCAGACCAAACCCUUGCGAAAUAUUACAUUGAACAUCCCUACCAAUGCAGCGGCUCUGCGGCAAUCAAGCAUCCAUAUGAAAGAUAAUAUCAACUCUUGUUUGGCCAAUAUGACUUCUGUACCCAUGGGCAAUUACUUGACGUUUGACACUGAUAGUUCAGCCCUGUCUGUUGGCAAAAGCGCCUUGAUGCAGGUUCAUCCUUCAGGUCAGACAAAGGCCAAUGGACCAGUGGGCUGUUUAACAUCUUUCAACAGAGCCACAGGGGAAUUGAGCCAAAUGAGUUUAACGAGUAAUGAGCAGUCUGGGUUUUACUGCACGUCCAAUAGUCGCUCGGAUCAAUGCGUGACCACUUGGAGAACAGAUGCUGCCAAAUCCGCUGAUGCUACAAAGAGCAAUAUAGCAGAACAUGACCAGUUUGAACCUCUGGAUUUGUCCGUUAAGUCCUUGCUGCAACGCGCCAGUACACUCAUUGAACAAAGGAAGCCUGCAGUUGUGCGAACACACGAAUGUCAGCUCUCCCAAUCUGAAUCUCAUAUGUCAAGCAGACCCCCCUAUAUUACUCCAAAGAACCAGAGCUCAGAGUGCAGACUAGGAACGAUUCAAACUACAUCCAAUAAUGUUUCUAGCAAAUACAAUGAAUUACACGAGCCAUUCUUCACACAUACAGGUCACUGCAGUGAAAAUACUGAGUUUCCUUUGUAUUACAUGGAACCCAAGUAUAUGCAACAUUCUCCAAUGGAUCUUUCAACUCGUGCUCAACCAUAUGCGCAACGCUGUGGACAAAGCAAAACAUGUCAGGCAAUAGCAAGCUCCUUGCAAGCAUCCGCGAGUCUUCAUGAGGUGCAUCUUUUAAAAACAGAUUUGGCAUUUGAGAUAGAAGACAAACAUUUAAAAAAUGACCUUGUGCAGCAGAUUGACUUCCAGCAAGCGCUCGAGGUAGACAGAAAUUACUUUGGAAUAGAUGUAGUAAAGCAAACAUUAGAGCACAUCAAAUUGGAGAACCCAGUUGAACGUAAUGCUAGCAUGUUGGAGCCAGGUCCGGUUUUGCCAGAGACUCAAAUGUCCAUGAAGCAAGAACCAAUGGAAAAUGUGGAUACUUCACUGCAAGUACUCCGAAGCGUCUGGGAGAGCCUGGAGUUGCGUAUCGAGGACACAGUUCAUCCGUCCUUUACUACAAGCGAUUCCGACAGUGCUAAAACUGCGAUGCGAGAAAACGAUACCGUAUCAGCGCUGCGCAAAGAGCUAUGCAUGCCUUGGAACUCUGCUGUUGGACAGAUGAAAGAUAUCUCGGACCACAACAUGAGCUGUAGCGAUAGCAGCAUAACCAGUUGCAGCAGCAGCAGCCAGAUUUCGGACGUAAAGAGGAUGGACUGCACGGAAGCGAGAGGCUGGUGCCGUGUGGAGCAGAGCAUCCCCAAGACAUAUGAACCCAACCUGGCACCUUUGAAAAUCAGGUGGGCCAAACCUAAGCCAAAGAGGCACAGGUGCGGGGAGUGCGGCGUGGCGUUCGGCCAAGCCCAACAGCUGCAUCGGCAUUCCUACACUCACUCAGGCGAGAAGUCCUUUCGGUGCAGUUACUGCCCAUACGGAGCAACGCAGAGGGUGAACCUCAAAAAGCAUGUCCUGAGGAUUCACCACCUGCCCUUCGAAAACACAGAGUACUCUGACAGCCCCAGCAAGAGGAGUCGGUUGGACACUGAGGCAGCGUCGUAACUCCGGAUUUGGAGCGCGAGUGAUGCACGUGGAGAACUCGACAAUUAUCUAGUUCAUCCUGAGGCUUAGUGCCACGUGUAUUGAUGAACACAAGCGUGCAGCCCUUUUGGUGUACGCAAAUAUUUCCGUGAUGAAAAGUAGUCACAUUUACUGGUUUAAGAAUAAGUUUGGUGCUGUAUUUGUUUUUCUUUGUAUACAAAUUAUUUCAUAAAUGAUGAAUAAAAAAAACUUAGUUGAAAAAAAUAUGACAUUUAAGAGUAAUAUUUUCCUAAAACAUUACAUUUGUAUUUGCAGUGUUUAUAUGCCACCUUGAUUUUCAAAUGUGUUUCUGGUGACGGCACCUUUAAGGUGAUGGACUUUCAAACAGUCCUAAUUUAUUAGUAUUUUUGUACGUACUAAUAUUAUUGUUGUGUGCGCGGUGUGGUCUGUGGAUAUCGUUUUUUGGAUAAAACCAAGACAAAGAUUUAUUUGCAAAAGCUGUGGCUGCUCUUUCACCUCUAGGUGGAGACGCUGUGCAAACGCACCCUGAAGCCGGGCCGCGAGGACUUUGGCUGAGGGUUAGCGGCAGUAACAACCCCCCCUCCCCCCCCCGACUUGCUGUAAAUAUUGCCAAGGAAGAGCACCGUCCUUCUUUGGCACUUUAGAUGGUGCACAUUUUAAAAAGGCGCUACUGAAUGUGAAUGAUCUCGAAUGGAGUAUGGCAGCGGUUUCCGUCCUACCUGUGCAUUCAGUGAAUGUAAUAACAUAUCCAGAUUGGGUUCCUUUUGAGCUUGCUGCAAGCAUUCACAAUUAUUUUACGGGUGACAAAUAUGACAUUUGCCAUCUUGUGCAAUGAUUAAGUAGACUACCCUGGUGAAUUGCGCUACAAUGCGGCAAAUGUCCUCCCCAACUGUGAAACACUUCUAAUUGAAUGUUCUCUUCGUGUACAGAUGAUCAUAUUUUUUUCCGAUUUUGUUCCAACAUUAGUCACUAUUGGAUGCAACGUGUACGAAUCGUAUCCUGGGAGCCCAUAGUGUUUUUGAUAACAGAAGUUGCAUCCUUUCAAUACAAGGAAUUACUUUAUGGGUUUGUCACAGUGUUGAAUAAUGGCUUAAAAUGCAUUAAAGGAACCACACAUUUCAAAGGCGCAUUGCAAAUUGUAUGGAAUGCAUCGCCUGUAAAACUAUAUCUGUGUGCGUACUCCGGGUAUGGAUUGUCAGUAAACACGUCUGGUUUUAAAUUGACAGAACUCAAGCUGCUGCCAUAUUCUUGAUUACGGACCCUGCUAAGUAAGCAUUCAUCGUGCAAACCUUGUGGUUGAUUUAUUUGAAUCGCCCUGCUCAGGAGCCCACACGGUUUUCUGCUGUGGCGAGGUGUUUACGUAAGUUGUGGAAAAGCGCGUAACCGUGCGUGUACAAUGCACUGUACCACAUGUUAGUGUGAAGUGAGCCAGGGACUUUGUCACUGCCUACCAUUGUGUAUAAAUAAUCUCCGGGAAUCCAAUAGCACCGUGCGUUCACGGGCAGGUGGGCUUUCUCAUCUUUUGUCUAAACAGCGAAAUGCAAGUUGCCGCAUUGGCGAGCGAUCAGCUCUUGCUGUUAUUGUCUUAGCAAGCUUGUGAACACACAGGUGAUUAAAUAAGCGUUUGUAACACCCCAUUAAACAUACCCAACACACCUGAGAUGAUAGGCAGGCCCUGGCAAAGUUUCUGCAAGGUUCUCGUUUUGUGCGACUCGAGUUAAGGGGAAAUUACUUUUUUGGCAUUUUUUCUUUUCAUCACCCUCAUAGCCAGAGCCUUCAGUGAAAAGCCAUAUACAAAUUCCUGCGUUCAGUGAAUAAGGGCCCUACGUAAAUAUUAUAUUUAAAAUAUAACAUUUGGUUAUCACAUAUGAAUAAUCAUAAUACUUCCAUUAUGGCACACCGAUAAUAAUACUAUUAAACCAACGCCCCCCAUCUGUGAUACAAUGAGUAAAGGACAUUUGCUUAUACGAGAGGGCAUUCAUCAUAUUCAGAGGAAUCGACUGAAGCUUUCAACAGGAUGCAUAUAAAACGUACCGCACGCAAAAAUCUGUAAACAAGGCCUUAACACAUACCUGUGAAAUUGAAUACAGGAACAAAGGUUAUUUUCUUGUGCUGUCAUUUGCAUGAAGUGGUUCUGUCCUGGUAGUCUGGAAAAUGUAUAAAGAUUUCAAUAAAUAUUAAAGCAUUCUCCAUCUGCUUGCAGACAUAUUCAUGUACAAAAUUAAAAAGUGGGAAAUUUACGCAUGCGAAAACAUGUUUUCGCAUGCUGAAAUUCAGUGAGAUUUAUUUGCAAUGUGGAUCAUUGCUUGAAAGGUCAGCUCCAUGUCUUCCACAUGCACUCUCCCAAUUUAACUACAGUCACAUCUAAAUAAUUUUAUUCCGCAUGUCAACACUGCGUAAUGACUGUUCAUCUAUGAAACGCGUCAUUGAGAUGAUUUGCAUUUCUUAAGGGGCUGAGCAUUAUGAUUUGCCCAUGCAUUAAUAAAGUAGCCUUCUCUGCUGGAACGCGUACAACAGCUAUUCGUGUUGUAAUUGGCAAGACUGCAAUUCUCGCCUAUUUGUUUCCUUCUACACAAUAAGAAAGCAAUUUCAUUAUUGAUCUGGACACAACAUGAUAGCAGUUUUAUAUAUACAGUAUAAGGUUUCCCGGUUUGUUCCGAAAUGUAACGUGGUAAUUCACUGUUAUGGUGCCAUCUUUACAUUUUGCACGUUCCAGUUUACAUAUGUAUUUUGUACUAAUUGUAGUGCCUUCGCGACCACAGGGUGUGUAUUGUAUUUGUCGUUGGCAGGAAGGUGUUGCCAUUGACUGGUCUGUGGAAUGAGCACUGUUACAUUUUGUUUAAAUAAAUUGCACCAUUGCCUUCGGCUUGAAAACUAUUUGUUCAGAAGUGAUUUCGUUUUUGCGUCAUCUGUCAAAAAGAUGUAUUGAGGCUAGUUUGGAUUGUUGAAACAAUAAAUAUUUUCCUUCAU